AUGUCAGAUUCAACUACAAACGCUACAAUUGAACAUAAAUCUCCAGAAGACGAGUUUAACAUUUAUAUUAUGGAAUUUUUAUCAACUCUUAAGAGUGAGGGAGAAACUGAAGAAGAAUUGGAUCCAGAAGCUAGAUCGGAUUUGAUAAAAGAAAUUAUUGAACUACAAGGGGGUUUAAAAG